AAUUUAGCGUGCGGUGGUUAAGGCUGCGUUUAAAGCUUAAGAAAGCGAAAAUUUCAAAGCGUGAAAAAAGAGAAGAAAAAAUUGUUGAAUAAAAUAAAUCGCAAUAAACAACUCAAAGGCGGAAAUAUCUGCAGCUUUUUUAGUCCACCACUCAACUGCUCGCUGUUGUUGUUAUUUUUUAGUAUUAUUUGUCAUCAGAGCAACAUCAGGCAUCCUACACCAAGAAAAGAGAAAAUAAGCCGCAACGCAGUACUCCUUCCCCUGACCGCCGACUGUCAUCAUACGCUGUUAGUACCUGCGUACAGAAAUCCUACUGAACGUCCACUCAGUUCAUCAAGUCGACUUCGCUCAAUCGCUAAGUUGUUUACGUCCCGCCACUUCGAAAGCAGUCACAUUGGCGCCGCCAACUAAUCUCAAUUACGCGAUGGCUGUCAUCAGCGAGCAUGGCAGCAGCACUGAGGAGUUGUCGCACAAGGAACAAAAUGAGAAAAACCUGAAGAAUCUGAAGAAUACCUCCACUGUGCCAGAGUUCUUUGCGCAUAAAAAUGUUUUCAUCACUGGCGGCACUGGCUUUUUGGGUACUGUGCUGAUUGCGGAACUCUUGGACACACAUCCCGACAUUGGCACCAUCUACGUACUAGUCAGAGGCAAGCGCAAGUUCGAUCCCAAUGAACGUAUCAGUCGUUUGCUGCAGAAGCCGAUCUUCCAGAAAUGUAAUGAGAAAACACUCGCUAAAGUUGUGCCAGUCGUCGGCGAGUUAAGCGAAGUGAAUUUCGGUUUCAGCGAAAUAAUUCUUAACGAACUCAUCGACAAGGUGAAUGUGAUCUAUCAUAGCGCAGCCACAAUUAAAUUCAGCUCUCCGUUACGUACGGCUAUCAAAACCAAUGUGACCGGCACAAUGCGCACCAUUGAAUUGGCAAAGAAAUUGAAGAAUCUACACGCCUACAUUUACCUCUCCACUGCCUUUUGUAACAGCAAUAAUCGCGGCCUAAUCGUCGAAGAGGUCUACAAGUCGCAAUUCGAUCCAUAUGAAAUGAUGAAAAUGGCUGAAGAUGAUGCUUAUUGGGAAGAUUUCACAGAUGAGAAAUGCAAAGAGAUUAUAAACGAUCACCCCAACACAUACACCUUCACAAAGAACCUAUCGGAGAAUUUGCUAAUGGCGGAGAUGUCUGGCUUGCCGGCGGCCAUUGUGCGGCCAUCGAUAGUUUACGGCACUUGGGAGCACCCACUAAAGGGUUGGGUCGGCAAUGCUAAUUCUGGUCAUCUUGGUUACCUGGCCGGUUUCGUCAAAGGCAUCUUUCGCACCAUGAGCGGUAGUGCUGCCGCCAUCAUCGAUAUUAUACCAUGCGAUUUUGUUAUUAACUCUUCGCUAGUCAUGGGCUGGUAUGUGGGCACACGCAAAGUCGAGCAGCCCGUAGUGAUACACUGCACGUCGGGCGAAGUUAAUCCGCUGAGACUUCGUGAAUUCUGCGUCAUUAUGAAUUCGAGCGUAAAACGGCAUCCACCGAAUUAUUUCGUCUGGAAGCCGAGCACAAAAUUGCGCAACGGAUGGCGUUAUAAUCUCUUCUUUUAUCUCUUUCACAUACUACCCGCGCUCGCGUACAGCAUACCGGAAAAAUUAUUCGGCAUCGGUAUGCCACAGCAUACUGCCUACGAGUACAUGCGGGUCUUCCACAAAGGCACCAAAGCGUUCGACUACUUUUUGGAUAAAGAUUUUCGCUAUUCCUUCAAAAACGCCUUGUGCAUAAUAUCACAAAUGCAUGAAAGCGAUAAAAAACGUUAUAACUUCGAUUCUAGUCUGUGUGAUUGGUCUGAAUUCAUAGAUCGGUGUUUAAUCGGUUUGCGUUGUUUCUACUUUAAGGAGGCGGUAGAGACCACAGAAUGGCAUCGCAUCUAUUGGAACUUUUUCAAUUUUAUUCACUACGCUGGCUUUGUGGUGCUCUUCCUCUGUAUCUUUGGCGUUUGCGCACUUCUCUUCGGCCUAACCAUCGGACUCGCACUGGCGCUGGCCAUUUGGGGCUUUCUGGUGUGGUUAUAAGCGAAAGCAGUGCGAAUUUCUAAAUGAAAAAAAAUUGUAUUUUACAACAGUUACUUUAGCCACAAAAAUCACCUCACUACAUUGCUAUGCUACAACAAUACAAAAAAAAAACUAUCAUUUUAGUUUCUGAUUUGAUUUUUUUUACGAUUAUUUUUCAUCAAUCACGACGCUUUUAGUACUUUUUUUUUCUAUAUAUAUUUUAAUUUUCUAUAAUUAUUAAAAAUAGCAAUGAGUAAAAGUUAUUGUUAGACGCAAGGGAAAUAAAAUAUUAUGCCUAUACGCAUAAGCAUACAUACAAAUAUACAAAUAAAACCAUUUUAAACGAAAGUAUGUAGGAUGAUAUAAAAAAAGACAAUAUUAAUUUAAUCUACUUUUGCCUAGUAAGUACUACAGAAGUUUGUAAAACGAUAUACUAUAAGCCAACAACAAAGAAUAUUUUUUGUUGUAUGUAAACCAAAUUAUAUAUUGUUCCGAAAAUACGUUUUAAAAUAUUCUAUAAAAGGGGAAACAAAUAUUUUUCAAAUAACAAAUGUCAAGCAAAAAAAACACAAAAUCGACAAAACUCUAACAUUAUAUUAUAUAUGUAUAUAUAUAUGUAUGUAUAUUUGACUAUUGUUUCUAGCGCGCGCUCCAAGCAGUUUAGUCAAUGUUAGCAUACAAUUUUUAAGUUCCGAACAAAAUUAAAGGAAAAUUCAAUUUAUAAUUACUUAGCAUAAGUUUAUAAAAAUUCGUAUAUUGUGCAAUUUAUCUAUUUAGUAAUAAAUACCUUGUUAUGGACAGAUGAAAAAAAAAACAAACGCGUUGUUGCUUUAUAAUACUGUGGGGCAAUAGACGUAAAAACGCUAUAAGGCAUUUGCUUCCUACGGAACUGCAAAAAAUGCAAAGGUUGGUUGAGAAGUAGAUUUGAAAAGUACAGUGACUCACAGCUUAUUUGAUGCAGGUCAUACUUUUUAAGAAAAAAGAAAAUGACUCGAUGUUUAUUAAAUUUAAUAAAAAUGUAUCAUCAGAGCAUAUCAGAGGUGCACCCUGUAAUACGAUGCGAAAGGAAAUUAUAUUAAAAAAGUGAGUGUAGCGUAGUACAAUAACAGAAGUGAAAAUUUCAAGGCAGACAAAGAAAGAGGCAGAGACCCAAGAGAGAACGAGAGAGAGAAUAUAUAUCUAAAUAAAUUCACAACAUUUGCAGAGAAUACAAAUAGACAAAAUUUACAAGAAACGGAAAAGGGUCGACCGACGUAGGUAAACGCCGAACACAAGCCGUGGCAGCAACGCGCACUACUCCGAACGUUUAUCACCCGCACAAACGCAGCGAUUCCAGGACCGCAGCAACGGCACAAAUUACCGCAAGGCAAUACCAAUAAAUCCGACGCCGGAAUGAAUAGCACUUUAUAGUACGCACAAGCACUAGCCCGAAAAGUAAGCACAAAAAAAAAACGCCAAAAAAAUUGGAACCAAAAAACGCCCCAAACAGUAGGCACCAAGAAAAUAUAACACCAAAAAGUAGGCACCAAAAAUAUAUUGGCUCCGACUCCAUGCACUACCCCCUCACUUAGUUUGAGAGAAAUAUUACGAAUUUUCCAAUGAAAUUCACAGGAGAUGUUCAUUUCGUGCUUAUUUUGCUAAAACUAGCACCAACACUAUUCAGUUAAUAAUAGUUUUUAAGUUAUUUGUUGAUAAAAUUUGUCUUUUACCUUCACCAAAUUUUGAUAGAAUAAGUGCACUUAUCACAUUU